ACAAUAACCAUAGCAACAUUUUUCUGUAUAAACGUCUGAACUACUUUUUUGUUUUUAUUUUAAUCGCUCAUGACAACACUGUUAAACAGCAACUAAUAUCGACAUAAACAAUACCAUAACCUUAAAAUAACGGCUGUUGAUAGUUUCGCUGAAGAUUGUUAAAAAUUUAAAACAAAUAUAUUUAAUGUGUUGUGUUGAUUUAAUUUAAACAAAGAACAAAAUGUUUAAAAACACAUUCCAGUCGGGUUUCCUAUCAAUCCUGUACAGCAUUGGUAGUAAACCGCUGCAAAUUUGGGAUAAGAAGGUUCGGAAUGGUCACAUAAAACGCAUCACAGACAACGACAUACAAAGUUUAGUACUGGAAAUAGUUGGCACAAAUGUUAGUACAACAUUUAUAACUUGUCCGCCAGAUCCUAAGAAAACACUUGGUAUUAAACUGCCUUUUCUUGUGAUGAUUAUUAAGAAUUUAAAAAAAUAUUUCACAUUUGAAGUUCAGGUGCUCGAUGACAAAAACGUACGCCGACGUUUUCGUGCCAGUAAUUAUCAGUCAACAACACGUGUUAAGCCAUUCAUUUGCACAAUGCCGAUGCGUUUGGACGAUGGUUGGAAUCAAAUACAAUUUAAUUUAUCUGACUUCACGCGAAGAGCAUAUGGCACUAAUUAUGUUGAGACACUUCGUGUGCAGAUACAUGCUAAUUGUCGUAUACGUCGUAUCUACUUUUCGGACCGGCUUUAUUCAGAAGAUGAAUUGCCACCUGAAUUUAAGCUUUUCCUUCCCAUACAAAAACCACCAGCAAAAACUACUUGCUGAAAUUUGUUUUAUUUUGUUGUUAACUCUAAUGACAGACUUUGUUUUGUAGUUUAAAGUUUAGAUUUUUUCACAUAAUUUUAAUUAUAGUUAG